GCCAAGAGGCAGCACGUGUUGCUCCCGCCCGCUGUCGUCCAAAAAUAUCGUCUCUUCAAUGCAAGAAAUGGAAAGACUAACUCGGAAUGGUUUAGUGAUGCUCGUCUAACGUGGCAGGUUGGACGUUAGCGUUGCUGUAGACGCGCGCCUCCAUCUAUUAUUUUGGAGUCCAUGUCAAUUUCAGCCAAUCCCACCCCACCGUUUCUCGUCAAAACACCAGCUCAUCUCAUUUCAACCGUUCAGAUACCGCCAACGCCUUCGGAGUUCUCUCUCUGAUGGACAUCUUAUGACGAUAGCUCCGCUGCUACUCGUCCGAAUCCGGCGAGAUGGACAGGCUCUGCGCAUUUGCAUGAACAGUCUGCCCCUCGAGUCUGUCGGAUCGAAUGCACUGCAUCCUCAGCGCCGUCAUGGACCAAACCUCACGGCUUCGCGCUGGCCCAGGCAAUCCCAUCUUGCAUGGUGCGCUAGCUUCCCGCUGAGAGACUGUAGAACGCGACUCGCAUCGCAUCGUAAGCAUCCGCGCGUUGUACCACCCUUCCUGGUUCCUGUCCAUCUUUCCUGUUUUCAUCUCGGCGAGCCAGGUUUGACUCUCGGCCUCUGUCAAAUACAUGAAUGCCAAUACGCAACUGCGCAAUCUCUCCGUUCUACUUACGGAUAUGUCAUGGUUUUCCUCAGCACGCAAGUGCGUCUGCGCAUGGCCUAUACCAUGGACCUCUCCUCCCCGCUCGGCGCGCAUGAGGAACCCCCACAGACCCUCUCUGUACAGGGCUGGCGGCUACUGAUACCUCCUCUCUGCUAUUUUUGACCCAUCUUCUGGCCCGUCUCUAUGUUGUGGUAGCGUUUGGCUAUAUGCCACCUGGCCCAUCUAUCUUAGCCGCCCUCCACACCAGGCCACUUUUCCUAACCGCCCAACUUCAGA